AAGAGCAUGCAAAGCAGAUAGAAAUAGUGCUUCAAGGACACACUCAAAACCUCACUAAAAAGCUUUAAGCUCAACUCUGACACCUGGAAAACACAAGCACAAGACCACCUCUACCUGGUGAAGAAGCCCCAAUAGUGGUGCCCUCUUACAAACAGAACAUGACUGCGCAGGUCGAGAGUCAACUCUUUGCCUACAGUCCCAACAGACCACCAGUGCCCAACCUGCAAACAAAGCCUUCCAAACACAAACUGGACGGAUUGGCUACAGCUGGUCACACUGUACCUUGUCUUCUCCCAUACGAUGUCCUUCACCAACAACGACAGAUGAAUUAAUCCGUUAAUUAGCAAAAUGGGAUUGCUGUGCCGGUAUUAUAAGCAAAAAUAUCCUGAAGUGGAUGAUGUGGUAAUGGUGAACGUGCGUUCCAUUGCUGAAAUGGGGGCCUAUGUACAUCUAUUAGAAUAUAAUGACAUUGAAGGAAUGAUCCUGCUCAGUGAAUUAUCCCGACGACGUAUCCGAUCAAUUAAUAAACUUAUCCGUGUUGGCCGAAGUGAAUGUGUUGUUGUUAUUCGAGUUGACAAAAACAAAGGUUACAUUGAUUUGUCCAAAAGAAGAGUUUCCCCUGAAGAAGUAGAAAAAUGUGAAGAGAAAUAUGCUAAAGCUAAGACUGUUAACAGUAUUUUGAGACAUGUUGGAGAAAUUUUAGGCUACACAAAUGAUGAACAGUUAGUUGACCUCUACCAAAAGACUGCUUGGUACUUUGAUGAAAAACUAAACAAGCCCGGAGCCUCAUACGAUGUUUUUAAGCAUGCUGUCACAACCCCUAGUAUUUUGGAUGAAUGUGACAUUGAAGACGAAACCAAAAGAGUCCUUAUUGAAAAUAUCCAGCGCCGGUUGACACCCCAAGCUGUGAAAAUACGAGCUGAUAUUGAAGUUGCCUGCUACAAAUACGAAGGAGUUGAUGCUGUAAAAGCAGCCCUUAAUAAAGGCCUGGAACUAUCAACAGAAGAAAUGCCAAUCAAAAUCAACUUAAUUGCUCCUCCCCUCUAUGUAAUGACCACCCAGACUCUAGAGAAGGCUGAUGGCCUGCGUGCUCUCACAAAUGCUACCAAUGUUGUGCAACAGGCCAUCGAAAGCAUGGGAGGGAUGUUUAACAUGCAAAUGGCUCCUAAAGUUGUGUCCGAUACUGAUGAACUUGAGUUGGCCAAACAUUUGGAACGCUUGGAAGAACAGAACCAAGAUGUGUCUGGAGAUGAGGAUUCUGAUGAAUGUGGUGAUGGCAGUGGAGAUGAGAUUACAAAAGAAUAAACAACAAAACAGAAGACAUAAUAAAAUAAUUCAUUGGACAAAUAAUUUGACAUUUUGUUUUGCAAUCAUGGACAUAAACUGCCUUGUAAUAUGCUCCAAGUCAAAUAAAAGAGAAGCUGGGAAUUUUUUCAAAACCUUUCAUGAUAAAAAUUUGCAAAAGUUCUUUUUUUCUCUUUCCCUC